CCCCACUUCCAGAAUGUUGCCCUACAUCUAUAAAUAACUGAAACGCCUGACCAGCGGAGUUAAACCCGAAUCAAUGAAAAUGGUAGACACCGUUGAAAACCAGAAACUUGAAGAUGGUGAUAGAUUUAGCAAUCUGCCUGAUUCCAUCAUUCACCAGAUCUUUUCAUCCUUCGAAACCAUUGAUCUUAUCCGAUUAAGCGCCGUUUCCAGAAACUGGAGGUACUUAUGGAUUUCAAUGCCCUACUUAAAUUUGGAUAUUAACACUGUUUGGUCAAGACCACUUGCUAAUCGGUCUUUUCAUACAUUGAUCGAAAAAUUCAAAGAUUUUGUCAACUGGGUGUUAAUGUCUCAAGAUAGCUCCGUUGAUAUUCAACGAUGUCGUCUUUUUUGUUAUCAUUUCGCUCAAGAUAAUACGCUUUAUAGAUGGAUUAAUAUUGUUACGCGGCGAAAUGUUCAGGAUUUUGACCUGAAUUUAGUUUCCGACGUGCCGUUUGAGUUGCCCCGGUGCCUCAUAACUUGUGAAUCAUUAAUGUCAUUCAAGUUAUGUUUUGACACGCCCCGUGUAGUGAAGCUCCCUACUUUUGGUGGUUUUCGCCGUCUCAAGACUCUCGAUUUUUUAAGGGUAGAGUUUUCAGAUUUCAUCUUGCUUCGGGAAUUUGUUUCAAAUUGUCCAUUACUUGACAAAUUGAUAUUGGAAGCAUGUAUUUUACGUGAUUUUGAGAUUCUAGAUAUUUGUUCAACUAAUUUGAAGAUUCUUACUAUACAUAAUAACAUAGAAGGCAAUAGGGGUGAAGAGUGUGAUGGUUUACACAACUGUGAGCUUAAGGUGGAUUGUCCAAAUCUUGUGGCUUUUAAUUUCUUGGGCCCAUCAGCACCAGACUAUUCUUUGGAGAACCUAAACUGUUUGAAGGAGGUGUACCUUCACUUAGAUAGCAAAGAAAACUUUCCAGAUGUUGACGUUUGUGUUUAUGAAUUGUGCAAAAUAUUCCGGGGAGUUUGCAAUACUGAAGUUUUAAAACUAUCAUUUGACUGUAUGGAGUUUGUUUAUCCGCUCGCUCUGCCUAAUGGCUUAUCCGUCUCGUUCUGUAAUUUGAAGAGUUUAUUACUGUUUGUGCUCAUUGAAGCGGAUCAUAUAAUCACCCUGCUCAACGGCUCUCCCAAUCUAGAAUCUCUUGAAAUAUUUUAUGAAUGGUAUGAAGAAGAAGAAGAAGAUUAUGAAUAUGAUGAGGAUUAUUAUUUUUGGCAAAUACGAGAUAGGGCUAUUCCAUGUUUGACAUAUCAUCUCAAGAAGGUUGAGCUUAUCAACGUUUUGGGUAGGCGGACGGAACUUGAGUUGGUGAGGUUUCUGCUGAAGAAUGGACAUGUCCUGCAGAAAAUGAUUAUUAGUUGGGGGUCAGGUUUUAAGAAUCCCAGGGAGGAUAUACUUAUGUCUAGAGUAAUGACGCUUCCUACAUCUUCAAAUGUUGAGCUGAUAUUCGAAUUGAGAGAUGCUCACUUUUUCAAAAUCAAACCCAAAUCAUCCAAAAUGCUAAUGGACAUUCUUGAAACCCCAAAUCCAAACCCUAAAAUUCCAAAAACAACAAAUGUUUGUGAAGUUGGUGAUAGAUUUAGCAAUUUGCCAGAACCCAUCAUUCAUAAAAUUUUCUCAUCCCUUGAAACCAUUGACAUUAUCAGAUUAAGCGCUGUUUCGAGAAGAUGGAGGUACUUGUGGCUUUCAAUGCCUUACUUAAACUUGGAUAUCGACACAGUUUGGUCAGACGCAGAAGCAAAGUGGUCAAUUAAUACGAUCAUCGACAAAUUCAAAGAUUUUGUCAACUGGGUUUUGAUGUCUCAAGAUGUGUCUAUUAAUUUAAAAACCUUUCGUCUUUGGUGCUACCAUCGUGGUGGUGAUCACACGCUUUACAGAUGGAUUAACAUCGUCGCGAGGCGAAAUGUUGAAGAGCUUGAUCUCAAUAUGUACUCUUUGGCGCCAUUUGAGUUGCCUCACUGCCUUGUUACUUGUGAAUCUUUGCUUGUUUUGAAGUUAAAUUUUGACUUCCAUUGUGCUGUAAAGCUCCCAACUUUUGUUGGUUUUAGCCGGCUCAACGCUCUGGAAUUUGUGAGGAUUGAUUUCUCGGAUUCUAAUCUGUUUAGAAACUUCAUUUCAAGUUGUCCCCUCCUUGAGAAUCUGAGUAUGGAAGCAUGUAUUUUCCGUGAUUUCGGAAUUCUUGAUAUUUCCAGGGCCAGUUUGAAGAGUUUGACUAUAAAUAAUGGUGCUGAGCACAACUGUGAUGGUUUAGAGAACUGUGAACUCAAGGUAGCUUGCCCAAAUCUUGCCACUUUCAUUUUCAUUGGUCCAUCAGCAGCUGACUACCUUUUGGAGGGUCUAAACCCUUUAAAGAAUGUAUACAUUUAUUUAGAUUCCAAAUUUGAGGCAAUUGAUACCAUGGAGUAUUAUGAAAGUAACUAUAAAAUCUUAAAGUUGCUUGAAGGAGUUUGCAAAACAGAAGUUCUCAGACUAUCUUAUGGAGACUUAGAGUUUACUGAUGAACUUGCUAUGCCAGCUAAGUGGUUCCCUGUUUCAUUCUAUAAUUUGAAGACUUUAACAAUGAUGGUGGGCGCUAUUGAGAAGCAUAUUUUCUCCUUGCUAUGCAACGCUCCCAAUCUAGAAACUCUCAAGAUGUAUUUAGGAGAGUGUGAUUAUGAUGAAUGGGAAAUGCCAGAUGAAGCUUUUUCAUGUUUGAAAUUUACUCUCAAGACGGUUGAGCUUUUUGAGGUUGCAGGUUGCCAGAAUGAGCUUGAAUUAGUGAGGUAUCUGCUAAAGUAUUGUGGUGUACUACAGAAAAUGAAUAUACACUGGGUGAAAAGUCUUGAGAAUGCCGAGGAAAUUAUAUCCAAGAUAACCAUGUUUCCUAGAUCAUCUUCUGCUAUUGAAUUAACAUACGCAGAGCUUCUGGCAGAUGUUUAUUUUUAUCAGUUAUAAUUAUGAUAUGUAAAAUAGGAAACACUAAAAAUUAAAAACAGCAGUGUGACUGUUGUUGGAUUCAUCUCAUUUAUCUAUAUCGCUAAGUGUUGUUGCUUAAUGUGCAGCUUUAUAUAUUAUAUCAUAUGUUGUGGACACUGAUUUUUCUGUCA